GAGCUUCAGCACGUAGCCAGUCCGACAAACAACAACUAUUUACAAGGUCACAAAAUUCAAACAAGCACAAACCAAAUUGUCAGAUUCCUCAUCAACUGAGUCUCAGAUUGGCAAUGCCUUCUAUACUCAUUGUUGGCGCCACACGCGGCCUUGGAGCCGAGUUGGUAAAGCAGUAUGCCUCCCAGGGCGACAACACAGUAUAUGCCACCAGCCGCUCGCAGUCGAAGCCAGAAGGAUUUCCAGAUGUUGUCAAAUGGGUAUCCAACAUUGACCUGGCAAACUCAAAUGUAGGAGAUGAGCUCGCGAAGCAAUUGAAGGAUGAAAAGCCACUGGACACGGUUAUCAUUACCGCUGGUCGUUUCACAACGGAAGACUUUUUUGACAAAGGUCCAAACUGGGAGGAGGAAGUUACUAUUUACACGACCAGCUCAAUCGCGCCAGUAUUCAUCAUCCACAAGCUGGUCCACUCAGACCUGCUCAAGUCGGGCUCCAAGAUAGUGCUAGUUUCAAGCGAGUCUGGCAGCAUCACGCUCCGCCAUGAAAGUGAGGGAGGCGGCAACUAUGCUCAUCAUGCUUCCAAAGCCGCGCUGAAUAUGGUUGGAAAACUGCUCAGUUUGGACCUCAAGGACAAGGGAAUUAUUGUCAGCACUGUGCACCCUGGGUUCAUGAGAACAGAGAUGACUAAAGGGGUUGGUUUCGACAAGUAUUGGGACGAUGGCGGCGCGGUCACGCCUGACGAGGCUGCGCAGAGCUUAAUUGCCUGGACUGACAAGCUCGACAGCAGCAAGUCUGGGGAAUAUUGGGCACCUAGGGGCCCAAGGGACAUUGGUACAGCCGAGCCAGUGCUCGGAAAGGGCCUCCCUACCCCUUUGAAGCUUCCAUGGUAAUGGGUCAUUAAUACUCACAUGUGGUGAUAACAUUCAAGUCUCCUGAUUCAGCUUGCGCGUGUCAAAGAGUCUAUGACACGCGUGCGCCAGCAUAGCGUGUGUUCAGCAGCAGUCGAGCUCCGGUGCUAGCUCGCCCGAAGCCACGGACGAGAAUAGAAAGCAUAUAAUAAAGUCUCGUGUCCCCUCGUGGCUCGUGGCGCGCCAACUG